AUGUCAACUACAGAAGAGGGUCAAGUGAUCGGCUGCCACUCGGUCGAUCAGUGGAAGGAGCUCUUUCUGAAGGCUGUGGAAUCUCAUAAACUGGUGGUGGUGGAUUUCACAGCUUCCUGGUGCGGACCGUGCCGUUUUAUUGCUCCAGUUCUGGCUGAGAUUGCCAAGAAAACUACCCAUGUUUUGUUCCUGAAGGUGGAUGUUGACGAACUUAAGACGGUUGCUGAGGAAUACAAUGUCGAGGCAAUGCCGACUUUCGUGUUUCUGAAAGAUGGGAAGGAAGUGCAUAGGAUUGUCGGUGCCAAGAAGGAAGAGUUGGUUGCCAAAAUAGCGGAACAUAGUGGUGGUGCCACUGUUGCAGCAGCCUGA